AUGAGGAAAAGCAAAGGAAUUGGAGAGAUAGUUGAAGUAGAAGGAGGUGGUCGAAUCGUUAGGUCGCUCAGAAGAAAAGAUCGCCAUAGCAAAGUCUGCACAUCAAAGGGUCCGAGGGAUCGGCGUGUUCGUUUAUCAGCCAACACGGCUAUCCAGUUCUACGAUGUUCAAGACAGGCUUGGGUAUGAUCGACCCAGUAAAGCCAUUGAUUGGCUCAUGAAGGAAGCGAAACCAGUGAUUGAUGCGCUCGAGAAUGAUCACCAUGAGCAUGAGUUGCUUACAUCUGUUGUCGAUGCCUCUGAGGCAUUUCAUCGAACAGGUGGUGAGCGGAACCAGGAGAUCUCCACUCUCGCGAAAAUCAGUGGUUUUGAUGACUACCCAAUGGGGUCAAUCGAUUCAAGAAACAAAAACCAGGAAAAAUCGAUUGAAGAAGAAGAAGAAGUUAUAACCCCGAUGGAUUUCACGUGGAAUCCGAGUUACGAUUCGGGAGAUGGCUUUGCGUUUGUUGAUAGGGAACCCCUUCAGUCCAGUUACCCUACACUCAUCCAUACAUUCAACAAUGCGUUUGUAGACGAUGAAGAGUUUUUGGGAUUUAAUUUUCAGCAGGAAAAUCAUCUUCAAGAGGAGGAAAAUUGCAACCUUGUGUCCAAAACCCGUCGCUCCUCUGCCACUUCCUACCAAAUUCUCUGA